CAGUAUAAUUCAACUGCGAAAAAUACCCACAGAAUCCAACUGUCCAAACAUCGCAACAGAAUGCAAAUGCAUCUCGUCUAAACGAAGGUGUUGUGGACGCUUAUAAAAUAUCCGGUAAAAGCAAACUUCACUUCAGUGAUGAUGAAAGAUCAGAAAAUAGUAGUUGUAACCAUUGUUGGGUUGCUGUUGUGUGCCAUUGAGUUGAUCUCAGGAUGUAAGCAGUCCCCAACGACUGCUUCAGGAUUCAAAGCUCCAAAAGGUCGGAUAUGUUCCGGACAACUCAUUUUCGAAGAUAAUUUCCGCCGUUUGGAUAGAACUGUUUGGCAGCAUGAAAACUCGCUUGGUGGUGGAGGUAACAACGAGUUCCAAUGGUAUUCGGGAUCAGGACGAAAUUCCUACAUUAAAAACAAUCACCUAUACAUCCGCCCGACGUUGACGUCAGACGAAUUCGGUGAAGCAUUUCUGAGAAGCGGGGUCAUCAACCUCAACGAGGGGCCACAGAGUCAAAGAUGCACCGAUGCACCGGGAUGGGCCGAGCAGAUUCAAGGUUGCUACCGGCGGGGAAGUCCCGAUCGUAUUCUGAAUCCCGUUCGCAGUGCACGUCUCCGUACAGUGAAUUCUUUCGCUUUCAAGUAUGGAAAGGUUGAAAUCAACGCCAAGCUACCUCAGGGUGAUUGGUUGUGGCCUGCACUGUGGUUACUUCCGAAAGGAGAUACCUACGGCUAUUGGCCUAAAUCCGGUGAGGUGGAUCUGAUGGAGUCACGUGGCAAUCGUAACCUCAUGCUGAACAACGAGAAUAUUGGUAUAGGGAAGGUGUCGUCGUGCCUACAUUUCGGAGAAAAUCCAAAUUUGCGUAGUUCACAGUGUGGUUCCGUCGGUGGCAAUCGAUUUGGUUCGAUGUUUAACAGAUAUCAGCUUACGUGGACAAAGAAUGUGAUCCAGUUUGGAGUCAACGAUAAGAUCUUCCGCACCGUAACACCCUACGAGGGCUUCUGGAAGCUUGGUGGAUUUAGCUUCAACCCAUGGCCUAGGGGCUCGAAAAUGGCACCUUUUGACAGGGAGUUUUACAUAGUUAUGAACGUUGCAGUCGGUGGAGACUAUUUCCCGGAUAAUGCGUGGAACCCACAUCCGAAACCGUGGAGACAGGGAAAUCCCAGUGCGAUGACGGACUUCUACAAAGCGAAGUCGAAUUGGUACAGUACUUGGGGAGAUGCUGCCGCUUUAGAAGUUGAUUGGGUUAGAGUGUGGGCGGCGUAGGUGUGGAAGAAAUUACAUUUAAAUGUUGUAAGAAUUAACAUUUAUAUCUCAAAAAAC